CCUCCGCGUUCUUCUUGCCCGGGUUAUAAUCACGAAUCAUAACCACAAAAUUGUAAAGCUUUGACGACUACUCGCCUUUAGGUGGUUGUCGAACAAUUUCUUCGCUAUCGUCGCGUUCUGAACAAUUUGACUCACCCGUCUAUUACCAGCGUCAUAUGGCGGUAUGACAUGUAAGAACCCACCUGGAUUCAAAUCGAGGAGACUGGAAGUGUCCACUACUCGCCUAGAUACCGAGCAGUAAUGAAUUGCAUCAUGUGAACGACGGAGACGAAAUAGAAAAAAAAAACAAGAUCCUAUCAAGUGAAAUUGAACAAGACCAAGAUGAAAUAGGCGAUCAUAUCCAUCAGUGCACAAGAGACACACGUCAUUAGGAUCAAUUACUAACCCUUUAGCAGUGCCAGCUAUCAGUCCAUAUAUCAGAAGCAAAAUGAAACUUUCAGUCAUAUUUCUUGCCAUUUCAAUGGGGCAAAUCCUCACUAGUCAAUCAUUAUCCACGGUGCCAUACAGUCCGCAGAUGCGGCCUUCCUCCGAACAAAAUGGGAAUCUUCAGCGUAGACUGCUCUCUUCGGGUUCAUUUCUGCCUGGUUUGGGAUCAUUCCAGUCACCCCAAACAUCUUCAAUCCGGACUCAACGAAGUCAACAAUCCAAUGCAGCCAGCUACAGUGUUAACCAACCCGCCAACCAUGUUAAAGGAGGUGUCUCGCCAGCCGUGAAAAACCCAUUCAUCGGCCAAACCCAGGCCCAGUCCAAUGGAAAUGGAGGAAAGUGCAAAUACGUCCAGAUGAAAGGUGGUCCCAUUCCAACUGGCAAUUGUCACAAAGGUGGAAUGGCUUGCGAGAAACAAUGUGGAUUUGGCGAGGCUGAAUCCCGUUGCUCCGUGGUCAUGGAGCAAGUUUGUGAAGAGAUCCCUGAAAAUCAAUGCGACACAAUCUUGGACACCAUUUGUGACCCGAUCGAAGAGGAGGUUUGUGACGACGACAUCGAGCUCGAACCCAGAACCAAGUGUGAAUUGGUUGAGGAGAACGAAUGUCAAACCAAAAGUGAAACCGUUUGUCGAAUUGAGUCCACAGUCGAAUGCAAAACCAUCGAGAAAGCGGCUUGUACAACCAUCCGUGAGCCCGUAUGUACGGUCUACAGCGACAAGCAAUGCAAAGAUGUCCCUUCGAAAGAAUGCCAAUUGGUUUCAGACGUGGAAUGCAAGGAUAUGGUGGAAACCAGGUUCGAGGAGGAAUGCACGACGGUGGAGGAGGAAAAUUGCAAGACAGUGUACGACCCUGUUUGGGAGAAAAAAUGCGAGAUGGUGAAUGUGACUGUUCCUCAAACCGACUGCCAGGAAUCGGUGGAAACGACGUUGGAAACCAAGUGUGAGGUAAUUGGCGAGGAGAUUAGCACCCCUGUGUGUGUUACAGUCACCGAACAGGAAGUGGAGGAGUUUUGCGAAGACAAGCCCGUGGAUGUGAAAUGCUUCGAGAAGGAUUGUAGGCCAUCAUCCAGAACGACAUUAGAGAAGGUCUGCAACCCCAAAACCGAGCAAGUCUGCGAAACCGUCCUCGACGAGAUGAAGGAGCAGAAAUGCAAGACCAUAGUGCAAUCCAAAAUUGAAGAGGUCUGUCGAACUGAGACUGAGCAGAAGUGCAUCACGGAAUUCGAGUACGUGUGUCAGAACACCAGUCCAGCGCCGAAACAACCCGCCAAACCCAUUGCCCCUUUGUCCACCGAGUAUGGCGUACCAUUGGCUGACCCCGUGGGCCGCUCCGAUGACGUGAGGGUUCUCAGGUCCAAUCCAAGCAUUUCCACAGUUACGGCCAGAUCCACCACAACCAGCACAGAGACCACCCAGAGGGUCAAAUUAUCGACUACUGUUGCCACCACCACCAAUAAAAUUCGAGGCUUGUCCCGCGUCCGACAUCGAGUCAGAUUCGGAUCGAGAGUCAAACGGGAUUGGCCAGAACAUCCUGGGCUGGACCCUCCAUUUGGAUCCACUGCGUCCUCGUUUCCCAACUUCCCUGUGGAUUACACUGCCUCCGGAGGAACAACGUAUUUUCCACAGGAAGUUCCAUCGACUCAAGGCUACGGCGCAUCAGAAACGGAACAGCCAGCGGUCCAAUGCGAAUACAAACCGAAGAAGAAUUGUACCGAGAUUCCAAAGCAAUUUUGCGACCAAGUUCCCAAAGAGAUCCCAGAGGAGAUUUGCAUAACCGUGCCGAAACAAGUGGCUCGGAAAGUGUGCAACGGAGUCACCCGAAACAAUUGUGACGUGGUCUCCAAGGUCGAGGCCACGGAGAAAUGCGACCUCGUCCCAUCCAAAGUUCCUACUCAACGCGUUUGCAGCUCUCGAUCGAGACCAGUGGAGCGAGAGGUGUGCCAAGAUGUCCAAAUGCAAGCUUUUAGAGAGGAAUGCCAACAAGUUCCACGGACAAUCCCCAAAGUUGAAUGCACUAGUUCAAUGAAGCCCAUUGAAUUGAAGGAGAUCUGUAUCAACGUGGACCUUCAACUCCCACGAGAGGAGUGUUCGACAUCCGUCAAGCAAGAUUGCAGAUAUGUUCCAAAAGAAUCGACCGUUCAAAAGUGCGAACCUAAAAUCAGAGAGGAGUGUCAAACCAUCAUGAAGCAGGAGUGCGAAAGUGUGUGCAAAGAAGACUGCCAGGAGCAAGACAAACGAGUUUGCAUGACUAUUCCCCAACAAGAAUGCAAAGAGAAGCCUCAACAGAAAUGCGAGGAUGUUCCCAAAACCGACUGUCGCAAGGUUCCACGGGAGAAAUGUACCACAUUCGAAAGAGAACCAAGAAGGGGAUCGUGUCGUACGGAGACAAGGAUGGACUGUCGGCGAUCAGAGCGACAACAAUGCCGAGAAGUGGUCUCCACACAAUGCAAGCAAGUUCCGCGGGAAAAAUGUGACGAUACCAAACGGCAGAAAUGUAACCAACGGUGUGAACCUGUGUAUUGGUGUAAAGUAUGCUCCUAGGCUAGAAAUCCUAUCUAUUAACAAAAUUAUUAGACCUACAGUUUCAUUUGAAUGCGAGGAAAAACCAAAUGAGAGCGAAAUAGUGUGCAAUAUGUUGGGGUCAAAUUGUUGUAGAUCCAUGGAUCGAUUUUACGUUCAACCAGUGU